AUGGACACUAAAAAGGAAACCAACGUACCAACAUAAGUAGAUACUGAGUUGGCAGACUACCUGAUAUAAGGGUCUGGUGAUAAUGGAGUUAAAUUCAGGACUCUUUACGAAGCUUAAAGAUCCAUAGUAGUUUUUAUUCGUCACUUCAAUUGA